UCCAGCGUUCCCAACAGUCAUAACAAAAUGAAUUUCUCAAUGUCUCUGAUGUGCUUUGCACUGCUCCUGAUAAGUCCUUUGUGCUUCGGCUAUACUGAUGAGGAACGUGAAGCCGACAGUCUUAAAGUCGCUGAAAUUCUCCGUACCUCCCAGGACGACGAUACCAAGAUCAAUAGAACUCAGGACUUACUCGACAUCUUUAGGCGUUUAACUCCGAUCUUGUCGCCUGAGGAAAGGGAAAGAAUUGAAAACCUCAUUAAGGAGCAUACGGAUGAAAUACUUAUCGAUGGAGUUCCGAGUCAAGGCGGACGGAAGACCAAAUACGCUGGAAAAGUCCUUUCCCCAGUUGUAAAGGGCGUGGCAACUGGAUUCUUUGAAGAGCUCGGCGCCACCCUUGCCAAAUGGUUCACUGGUUAAUCACAAUAAUACUGAUCGUCACUCUUUUAUAUAUUUUAUGCAUGCAAAAAUGUAAUUCCAAAAUGUUUAAAUGGUGCAAAAUGCACCAAAUCUUAUGAAUUUUAAUAAAAUUUAAUAUGUCAAAUAUUAUUC